AUGCAAAAGGUGACCAGUAGCGAGACCCCAUUGCGUCCACGCCGAUCAUUCUCCGUCAAUCCUGCGGUGGACGUGAUCCAGAGAAACGCAUACAACUCCUAUCUGGAACGGCUAGCUUUCAACAACAGGAACUUUCUAGAUCGUGUUGGAAAGAGAGUGAAGGCUAGCAGUGGUCGUGUGAAGCGCCGCAUGCCGUCGCUGUCCAUUGACCUGCCUAUGUCUGUGCUGCGGCAGAAGCUCAGCCUCGAGAAGGAGAGGAAGGUGCAGGCGCUGCGUGCUGCAGCCAACAGGAACUUCUUAAAUGACAUCGGCAAACGAGAUCGAAUAAGUGCGUACCUGUCUGGCGCCCGGUUUAAGGCAUGA